AUGUCCUCUUCUAGCUAUUUACCACAACUGAGCUGCCUUAGCGUUGAUCUGUGUUUCAAGGACAAUCGCUAUAUCAAGAACACCCAUGACACGAAAAUCUUUGUCUGGGCCAAAUUCUGUCGAGGCUCCGUGGAUGGCUUACCCAACCUUCGGGCAUUCAGCCUGAGAGCUCGAGUCAAGGAUUCUGAGACUGCGCUUGAAUUGCUUGGACACAUGUCAGAAUUUCGCCCUUUACAUGAUUGCGCAUUUUAUUUUGAUAUCCGCGAAAAGGGAGACAUAUUACCUGUCAUGAGGCAAACGGCACAUGAGGUCACAUCUCCGUCUCGCUACAGACCUGGGGUUUUCAAUUUCUUCGAUCUGCCAAAGGAAUUACAACUUAUGGUUCAUGAGAAUCUUGUUGGAAGCCGUUGGGACCCAUUCUUGCACUCAUCUGCGCCCGCACGAGGCGUCAUAGCGCUUCUCAACCGCAAGUCUGACGAUGAUGCAAAUUAUGAGGGCAAUUCCAACUCCCUCACUCGCGCAAAUUCGGAGGUUGACAUUGCGCUUUCCCCAUUCAAUGUCACUACGGUCAUCACCACACAGGAUGGGGCCGUCAUCUUCCUGGAGUGA